UUGGGCAACACUCAGACACACACCGAAUACAGACACACACACGUCCCGGCUCCAGACCCACAGGGCGACACCUGCAUUUACACCGGCUGCGUGAUGACAUGCGACUCAGGGACACACAUGUGCGGGGCACUCAGCAACGCGUGGAGCAGGCAUACGGCCCCCCACUCGUCCCCGCAAACCAGACACCCGUGUGCCCUCACACCCAGCUGUGUGGCAGGGACAGAAAACAGCGCACCGCCCAGCAUGCGGGCUCAUCCGUUCGGCCCCGGGCGGGACUCGAAUUUGGUGCCCUAGUGGAGAAGGGGGCCACGCUCCAGGACCCAGUCCAACCCCAGACGCUGCCUGAGGCUUCCCUCCAGCUCCCCCUCCCUUCCUUUCCUCUCUUUUCUCCCUCCCUCUCUUUCUCUUCCUCCCUCCCCCCCCCCAGGCUGGCGUGCCAGGGGGUGGGACAUGCCAAUCACUAGCUGUGCUUCUCCGGCUGCCAGCACAGGGCACAGCUCCCCCCAGGAGCCAGGUGUUUGGGUCCCUGGAGACACCGUCGGCCCCCGGAGAGGCAGUGGAACUGAGGAACCUUCAGACCUCUCUCCAGCCCCAUGGGAACCCUGAAUCCCACCACCCCCAUCCACCUUCAACCCCUCCAAGAUGGACUGAACCAGGCUGCUGGCCCGAUGGACAAGCAGGAUACCAAGGUGAUGACCGCCCCCGAGGAAGGCCUGUACUGUGACUAGAGGAAGGGGCUGUCCCCCAUCGACCCCGCCCAGCCACCAUGAAUACCUCAGCCCCACCCGCCGUCAGCCCCAACAUCACCGUCCUGGCACCGGGAAAGGGUCCCUGGCAAGUGGCCUUCAUCGGGAUCACCACGGGCCUCCUGUCACUGGCCACGGUGACCGGCAACCUGCUGGUACUCAUCUCCUUCAAGGUCAACACGGAGCUCAAGACGGUCAACAACUACUUCCUGCUGAGCCUGGCCUGUGCCGACCUCAUCAUUGGCACCUUCUCCAUGAACCUCUACACCACAUAUCUGCUCAUGGGCCACUGGGCUCUGGGCACGCUGGCCUGUGACCUCUGGCUGGCCCUGGACUACGUGGCCAGCAAUGCCUCGGUCAUGAACCUGCUGCUCAUCAGUUUUGACCGCUACUUCUCCGUGACCCGGCCCCUGAGCUACCGCGCCAAGCGCACACCCCGCCGGGCGGCCCUGAUGAUCGGCCUGGCCUGGCUGGUUUCUUUCGUCCUCUGGGCCCCAGCCAUCCUCUUCUGGCAGUACCUGGUAGGGGAGCGGACGGUGCUGGCCGGGCAGUGCUAUAUCCAGUUCCUGUCCCAGCCCAUCAUCACCUUUGGCACAGCCAUGGCUGCCUUCUACCUCCCCGUCACGGUCAUGUGCACGCUCUACUGGCGCAUCUACCGGGAGACAGAGAACCGGGCCCGGGAGCUGGCGGCCCUGCAGGGCUCCGAGACGCCGGGGAAGGGGGGCGGCAGCAGCAGCAGCUCAGAGAGGUCCCAGCCAGGGGCUGAGGGCUCCCCGGAGACCCCUCCAGGGCGCUGCUGCCGCUGCUGCCGGGCCCCCCGGCUGCUCCAGGCCUACAGCUGGAAAGAGGAGGAGGAGGAUGAAGGCUCCAUGGAGUCACUCACGUCCUCGGAGGGUGAGGAGCCCGGCUCUGAGGUGGUGAUCAAGAUGCCCAUGGUGGACCCCGGGGCGCAGGCCCCCCCCAAGCAGCCGCCCCGGAGCUCCCCGAAUACGGUCAAGAGGCCGACCCGGAAGGGGCGUGAGCGAGCGGGCAAGGGCCAGAAGCCCCGUGGGAAGGGGCAGCUGGCCAAGCGGAAGACCUUCUCGCUGGUCAAGGAGAAGAAGGCGGCUCGGACCCUGAGCGCCAUCCUGCUGGCCUUCAUCCUCACCUGGACACCGUACAACAUCAUGGUGCUGGUGUCCACUUUCUGCAAGGACUGUGUCCCCGAGACCCUGUGGGAGCUGGGCUACUGGCUGUGCUACGUCAACAGCACCAUUAACCCCAUGUGCUACGCGCUCUGCAACAAGGCCUUCCGGGACACCUUCCGCCUGCUGCUGCUCUGCCGCUGGGACAAGCGUCGCUGGCGCAAGAUCCCCAAGCGCCCCGGCUCUGUGCACCGCACCCCCUCCCGCCAAUGCUGAGGGCCCCUCGCCUGCGUCCCUCCACCCCAGGCCCCGGUGGAAAGCGGGCAGGCGCUGUGACCUCAGACCCAGGGCCCUGCUCGGGCCCCACCAGCCUUCCCGGGCCCCUAGGUCACCUUCCUGCACAGCCCAGGGAGACCCUGCCAACUUUCCAAAUUUUGCUGUUCCCAGGCAGGGAGGGGCACCCGGGGAACUGGUUUUUCUGUUCCCUGCUGGGUGGGAAUGGGCCCUUCACCAGGAAGAAGGCCCAGGAGGAGGGUCCGGGCUUUGGCUUCCUUGUUUGUGUUUAGACAGGAAGUCCAUCCAGGGCCAGCAGUGCGGGCCAGGAGAAAGGAGAUUUAGCUGUGCAGUCAUCCUUGGCCCAGGGGCUGGCCUGGAUUGAGCGGGAGACGGCACCCCCUGCCAGCAGGGAACUGACACCAACCACUGAGACAGAAGCGUGGCUCAAAGGGAGCAUCCCCCGCCCUCCCCGGGGACCCCCUCCCUCCCCAGGCACAGCCCACUCUGCUGGGCCCUAGGCACACUCUCUGGGAUUAUCCAGCCUCCCUACACAUGUCCCCAGAGUGUCCCUAGGUGGGUCACCCCCAAGGCACAUGUCCAAGCAUCAGCAGGACAAUGACACCAGAGGGGACCAGCAUGGUUAGUCACCCCGUCCAAGUCCCGAGGCAGCAUCAGGACCAGGCGCCAGGUGUCCCACCUGUCCCACUGUGUCAUUUCCCUGGGAGUGAGGGGCAGGGGUGCCUGCUGUCCAGCCCCACACCUAUACCCCCUGCCCCAGAGAAACCCUCAGUCCCACCCUCCCUGGCUCACAGACGCCACCUGGAGAGAUCUGUUCCAUCAGAUCUAGCCAGGCCUCCCGCAUGCUGCCUGCCUCCGGCCCCACCCCACACCGGCCUGGCCCAGCCAACAGGUUCUCUGCUGUGAGCUCCCCAAUCCGACCCAUGCAUGGCCUCCCAGCCACCCUUAUCUCCAGGCCCAGGUCCCAAAUGUUCUUUCCUCCUGACCUCAGCAAGUGCUGAGUCUGUGAAUAAAGCCACAUAACCAGCGGGCGCUAAGGGGCCUUC